AUGUGUAAACAGGAGAGGGUGAUUUCCACAACACACCCACUUCACUUCCGGUUGUAAAACAAUCCAUGUUUGUGUUGUGUAGAGCUGUUUAUUACAGUAGCUAGCGUUUCUACUCUCACUGUGCAACAGUGUACACCUGGCAACUCCAGUGCUACUACUGAAACCACAUACUCCCUCUGCUGGCGCACUAUUUUCACACCCUUUGUAGUGGAUUAGAAGGCGGUUUGGAUUUGCGCCCUAACUUCUCUUCACCACUUUUGAGGAAUGUUUGGAGGAAAUCUGUGAAAGAACUCGCGAGAGCAACAGCGCAUGCGCAGUGCUAAGCGGCUCUCAUAGGAAGUCGUGUUUCUGAGCACCUGAUUCCACACUGACGGUGUGCCCCGUUAGAUUGACUGUUUAAAAACUAAAUAGCUCUGAAUGUCUACUCAUGGUCUGAUCCCUGGGUUUCACCUGUGAAGACUGCAUAUGUUGUUAAAGAGAGAGCUAUCUAUACCAGAGAGCUAUCUAUGAAAGAAAAGCAAGCCAUUUUGAAGCUGAGAAAAGAGGGGAAAUUGAUCAGAGCCAUUGCACAAGCAUUGGGCACAGCCAGUACAACAAUUUGGAAAGUCCUGAAAAAGAAAGAAACCACAGGUGUAAUAACAACCAGACAUCGAACAGAUCAGCCAAGGAAAACAACAGAGGUUGAUGACAGACACAUUGUGAGAGCUGUGAUGAAAAACCCAAAAACAACAGUCAGUGAUGUCACCAACAACCUCCACAGGGCAGAGGUGAAGAAUGUAACUGAGCUUAGCUGAAAUCACUCGGUCUUUACAAUGAUCUCAGCAAAUGACCUGGAACAGCUGGCCGAGAUAGAGCUACAGAAGGAAGAGGAGAAUCAGGGGCAAUUGUGCCCUUUAGCGCCGCCCAGUGGCAAUGCUUGUCAAGACAUAUCACAUCCCUAUUAUGAUGUAGCGAGGCACGGCAUCCUCCAAGUUACAGGUGAUGAUAAUUAUGGCAGAAAGCUGAUUAUUUUUAGCAGUUGCUGUAUGCCCCCAUCACAUCAGCUCAAUCACCAUCGUCUACUGGAGUAUAUGAAGUAUACACUGGACCAGUAUGUUGAGAGUGACUACACAGUAGUUUACUUUCACUACGGCUUACGCAGCAUCAACAAACCCUCCCUGAGCUGGCUCCGAAACGCCUACCGGGAAUUCGACAGAAAGUAUAAGAAGAAUCUUAAAGCCCUCUAUGUUGUCCACCCCACAAAUUUUAUCCGGAUUCUUUGGAACGUAUUCAAACCUCUUAUAAGCCACAAGUUUGGUAAGAAGCUAACCUAUGUGAACUAUCUGGCAGAGCUAAGAGAACAUGUCAACUAUGAGCAGCUCAUCAUCCCACAUGCUGUAUUAAGGCAUGAUGAAGAGCUCUGUGCUGCUCUGAAAGGAGGACCAGCUCUUCCAGCGAAGACUCCGCCCCCUAGACCUCCUCUGCCCACACAGCAGUUUGGCGUGAGCUUACAUUACAUUCGAGAGAAAAACAAUGGUGUAUUGAUUCCUCCUGUGAUGUUUCAAACUGUGUCCUACCUCAAACAGAAAGGGCUGAAAACAGAAGGGAUCUUCCGAAGGUCUGUCAGAGUGCAGCUCAUCAAGGACAUCCAGAAACUCUAUAACCAGGGCAAGCCGGUUAGCUUUGAGCAGUACUCUGAUGUUCAUGUUCCUGCUGUGAUCUUGAAGACGUUUCUCCGGGAGCUGCCAGAGCCUCUGCUCACUUUCACAUUAUAUAACCAGAUACAAGAUCUUACCAAGGUGGAGAGCAGCUUGCGGGUUUCAAGGUGCAAGAGCAUUGUGGAGUCGCUUCCAGAGUACAACUUCAUCGUGGUCAAGUACCUCAUCUGUUUCCUGCAUAUGGUGUCUCAGGAGAGCAUCUUUAAUAAGAUGAGCUCCUCUAACCUGGCGUGCGUGUUUGGGGUGAACCUGGUGUGGCCUCGUCAUGGCGGUGUGUCUCUGAGCGCCAUCACACCGCUCAACAUAUUCACAGAGCUACUCAUCGAGCACUACAAUGCCAUCUUUAGCUCCCACUGCCCUCCACAGCAGGUACUGCCCUGACUGCUCCACACACUCCCACUACAGCUCACAGCAGGAAGCCUAACACCUGGCCUUGUUAUUAUUGCCUGUGCCACUGAUAUGAUGUAUCGACUCUCAGUGACCUGUGGAGUCACGGGGGAAAAAAUUUACUCUAUAAGCUUAUUGUACUGCAGACCAAAACACUAAGACUGCACAUAGUGUGUACUACUUUAACACUACAACACAGAGAAUGUCUUUUGUUAUGCUGAAUAUAUUUACUUAUGAGUGUCUCAUAAGUCAAGUCAAACACACUGAGCACCGUUACCACCAAUCUCUUUGGAUUUAUUAUAAACGAACGAUAAGAUACAGGGCUAGCAAACAUUACAUUAAUGCCAUAUACAUUAAUAUCUCUAUGCAUAUUGCUUCUAAAUAGCAUUAAUCAUACAGUUCCUCACUCAAGUACUGAUAUGUGGCUUAAAAUGUUUCUUUUAACGCGCACACACACACACACACACACACACACACACACACACACAUCUUUAGCCAUGAACACAGACGCACCCACGUUGACUGUGUAAACACACAAAUCAAAGCAAAUUUCCCUAAAUUACAACUGCACUCAAGAUUGCCAUGGCAACCGUUCGCUGGAGGCAGCAGAGAUCAUCUUGAAGGCGUGAAUUGUAACAGCAUUGAGCUGUUAUGAAAUAACAAUAUUCCAUUUUUAUGCUUCACUGGUCUUUUUUUAUUAAAUUUUACAUUCCACUAAUGAGAUAUGUAGACCAUGUGUGUGACCUGAUGCUGGAUAAUCAGUGUAGGAUAGCUGGCUGCUCAGUACUGAUCUAUAUUUUUCUCAUCCUUCAAUAUUUAGUUCAUUUGACUAACACCCUCUGCUCAUCUAGCACACACAUUCAGGGUAAAAGUGCAAUCGUGUGUCUGUACUGAGGUCAAAGACUCUUUAAACCCCUCCUGGAGCCACACAGACUGUUAUUAUCGGUUAUCAGCCAGAAUUUGAUGCUUGAUAAGAAAAAAUGAAGGUUAUAGGUUAUAAAAGAUUAUUUUCUUGUAGGAUUUGUUACAAGGCUUAGUGCAAUUAGCAAUGGAAUUGCUAAUGUAAUUAAAAUGUAGCUUAUUUGUAUAUAUUUGUGUCUGGUUUUAUCUCAAAUUAAUAUACCUGUACUAUACUCUGACAUUGUGGAUUCAUUCCUGAUACUAAUGUGUUAAGCUAUUUUAACAAAAAAAGUCAACAAAAUGAGGAAAAGUUAAUAAAGUUUCUCACAACAAUCCUCA